GACGCAAUUUCUGAGACGUGCAAUAUGUUUUCGAAUCUAGACCUGAGCGCUUUGAGCGUGGACGACAUAGUCGAGGAGUAUAAGCUGCUCUAUGACCGUCACCAGCAGCUGAAGGAGCAGAGCGAACAGGAUGCCCAGCGAAUCCAUGAACUGAAAAGAAAUCUGGACACCGCUCUGGCGGCGGAGGCGUAUUUGACCCAGGAACUGGAUCAGAUGGGGAGCCAACCCGUGGCCAACACCUCGGAUUCGGAGCACCAGGAACUGGAGGAGCUGCGGCGGAAGUUCAUGAACUUACAGGCGGAACAGGACAGCCUGCAGCAGGAUUACGACCAAAAGGCUGAAGAGGCCAAGAGUCUUCGGCUCAAGUUGGAGUCGACAGAAAAGGCUUUGGUGGAAAAGUCUGCCGCCAGGUCGAAUGAUGUCCACGAGGAUUGCAUGGCCCGGUUGAGUACUCUGGAAGCGGAAAACUCUGAACUCAUGCAGAGAUUGGCGGAUUUCGAGGAGUCCAGUGUGAAGAACACGUUUUCGGUGGCCGAAAAAGAGAAAACCAUCGAAUGCCUUCAAGACCAGGUCAGCUGCUUGGAGCAGAAUCUUCACUGCAAACGGGACGAACUGGAAGAGAAGCUGCAACUUUUGGAGAGCUGCCAGGAGCAGUUGGUUGAUGCUAAUGCCAAGAUAGCGCUUCUUACUUCAGCUCCUGAAAAUAAUGAUCGCAAGGGUAACUCGCUCUUUGCUGAGGUGGACGAUCAAAGGCAAGUCAUGAAGUCACUGCUGGCGGCCCAGAAGAAGAGCUAUUUGGAAAUGAAAAAGACCUUUACGGAAAGCCAGUUUGAGAUACGGCGUCUGAAGAGGGAAAAUGUAGCGAUGCACACAGAGUUGCAGGCCUGUAGCACCAUUUUCUGCAGUGCAGACAAGACCUAUCAAAACAAGCUAAACGAACGCAUUCGUUAUCUGAUGGAUGCCAAUGACAAUCUGGAGCGACAGCUGAACAUUAACCAGGAGCGGCUGCGCGAGCUGGCCAGCGAAAAGUCAGUCACCUGGCUGGACUCGAUGCUGGAUUUUUGCAAACGCGAGACAGACGACCUGAAGAGGCAGCUGCACAGCAUGCGCAUCCAAAAGGCCGGACUGGAGGAGCAGGUUCGUUCCGUCCAGCAAGAAAUGGCACGCUGGCGCUUCGAGUCCUUAAAAUCCAGAUGCGUUAUCAUUGAUCGGGAGAAUCUGUUGACGGAGCACAAGAUCGCAUUCAAGCCCAUGCAGGCCAUGGAGUUUAACAUCAAGGAAGCUGAACUGAAGUCUGCCCUGCCGCGGAUUGUUAGUGUGAAUACGGAAAGCCCGUCGGUUGCUGCGUCAACUAAAGAAACUACCAAUCUUCCAUCUGAAUCAGAGACGGAGAAACCUGCUGAGAUUAUAAACCUUAUUACUCCCAUAAAACCUCAGGUGAAGGAAGAGAAUCUGGAGACUUGGCAGGCAGUUCAACCUGUUAUGAAAGGCACCCCAGUUAAAGUUAAGGAAGAAACUCAGGAAAGAGACUUUCUGGCUGCUCGGAAACAGACGCCUAUUAGGACCCACGUGGGUGUGAAAAUCAAGAGAGAGGUUGAAUCUAACCUGGACCAGGAGUUGGAAAAAGAAAGCCAGGACGAAUUUAAAGUGCCACUAACAAAGAGCACGCCCAUUAAAGACAUAAAAUCCGAACAAGUUGAUACAUCUACCCUGGGACACAGUCCCCAAAAUGAAGUCGAAGAAGAUAACUCUAAAUCACCACCUAAACCACAACUAAAAGGUACACCAAUAAAGCCACGACUUGGAGUCAUUAAUGUCAAGUCGGAUGAGGAUCUGCUGUUCAAACAACAUACUCCAGCGAAGCCCCAACGCAAGGGAACUCCAGUUAAGCUCAAGCUUCUCAAACUGGAGAGCCAGGAAACAGCUAAUGAGUCUCCGGAUGUCACUCCUGGGAAGGCGGAAGCUAUACAAAUUCUGGGCAGUCCCACGCCUCAAAAGCCCCAACGUAAGGGCACUCCUGUUCGGAAUCCAGUCAUUAAGGAUGCAACUAAUAACAAUCUACGUUCGAUCCUUUGCAAAAAAAGGGAACUUUUCUCCGAGGAUUCGCAAAAGAGUGUCCAGUUCAGCUCGAGCGGUCCAAUCAUUCGGAAUCUGAGUCCCGUGGACAGAUUACAGAGCGAAUCAGUUCCCAACGAAAACGAGAAGCCAGUGACCAACGAAGAUGGCAAGGAUAUCAAGCCUACGAUUAAAAGACCUAACAUCAUCAGACGGAUUGUUGUGAGCUCUCGUAAACCUACUUUAAAGGAAUGACCUAAUACCACUUGAAAAUUUAAACUUAGAUGUAGCUAAACCUAUUAAUGUAAAGAAAUAAAAUCAUUUAAAACUUGA